AUGGUGCUAUUCCAGACGCUUCGGAAGACGGCAAACCACGGGCUGCGCAUGGCUUCUCGCAGCUCAAUAUUGUACUCCACGGAACGUGUGUUCCCCAACUUUUCGGUGUAUGGCAGCGACUCGGUCUUCCAAGUGUCUCCCAAUGCUCCACAAUACACGGAUAGCGGUAGUUAUUUGAAGACAAAGCGUAUGGGUGCCAUCAUGCUGUCGUGGGCCAAGGCCACAAACUCAGGCUACAACUAUCAGAACAAGACUUUCUUCUCGCUGAGUCCGUCGGAGGUGGGACUAGUGCUAGAGCUGCUGGACUCGCGUAUCCCGGAGCUGUCAUUCACGCAUUCGCCCAACAUGAAUGCACCUGAAGAGGACAAGAACACCAAGUCACUGCAAAUUGCACGCACGAUGGGCUCUGAUGGAAACCCUUCGAUCUUGAUCAAGGUCACCCAUGAAAGUGAAUCUGUUGCUACGCUCAACGUGGGUGAGGCUCGUGUUCUCCGGGAGCUACUGACGUACUCUCUUCCUCGCUUGUUCGGCUUCCACUCGGUGCUAGAAGGACCUCUCAAUGUCGAUGGUGGAAGUAGUGGCGGAUUCUCGCAGGAAAGUGGCAACAACUCAUACUCAUCAGGCUCCACUGGUGGAUAUCGCGGCAACACCAAGCCUGCUGGAGACUGGCCCUUCUAA